AUGUAUGAACUCGAUCGAUAUCAACAUCCAAUUAAUUUGGAUGGUCAAUGUUUAUCAUUAUCUCUAUUUCUUAAUAAAAAAGAUUUUAUUGGAAAAAUUGUUACAAUCACAUCAUCAGACAAAAACGAAGAACAAGUUCAAGUAGACGAUGAAAACAUUAUUAGCAAACAUACACAACAUGUCUAUGUACGAAGAAAAGAAGAAAUAUUUGUGAAAAUUAUUAAUAUUUGUGAUGAUAGUAAAGUCACAGUUACAGUUAUUAACAAUCCUCUAUCAAAUAGCAAUUCAAAUGUUCCAUUUUUUCUACAUGAUACUAAAAGUACACCGUAUUUUGUACAUUCAAAAUACAUAAAAAAAAUGAUUAAUGAUAAUAUAACAAUGGAUUGUGAUUUAAUAUCUUAUUUUACACAAACAAAUUAUUCUGACGAAGACAAAAAAUAUGAAAAUGAUGAUAAAAUUUGGAUUGAUGAAUUACUGUUAAGUCGAAUCAAUAAAAAUCCAACAGAACAUGAUUUAAAUGCAUUGAAUUGUUUACUAAAUAAAAAUAUUCUAUGUCAAGAUUUAUACAAUAAAUAUAUCAAUGAUUAUAUACCGUUGAAUAAUAUCUAUCAAAUAAUUGUUGGUAUAUUGAGUGCACGAGAAUAUAUGGAAUAUGAGACAAAUCCGUAUUAUCCACAAUUUGAUCGAUAUGAUGAUUGUAUUUCGACAUGUUAUUCAUCGUACGGUUACAAUAAUAAUAAUACUGAAAGUAGAUAUUUGAAAAAUGGUGAUAUAAUUCAUAUUAAUUUAGAAAAUAUUCAUUAUUUACCAUUAGAUCUGAAUCAUAUGAAUGAUUUUCAAAAGUAUACAUAUAAAUUUAGGAAAAUUCCAAAACCAAUGUCAUGGUCAGGAACAUUGUUUGAAGAUGGUGAUGCUGUUCUGUCUUCAUUACAAGUGGGUAAUACAGUGAGAUGUUGUUUGGAAAAGAUACUAAUCGAUGGUAAUCAAGUUGACAAUGGCGGUGGUGCAUGGUAUUUUAAUAUUAUACAAAUUAUUGAUAAUAUUGUGUAUGGAAUAUUGGAAGAUCCCUAUUACAAUCCGAAGGAUUACAAUUUAAAUCAAGGAGAUAUAUUAGUCUUUAACAAAGACAAUAUAUCAGAAAUCCCACACCCGCACCCCACACCCACACCACCCACACCGUUCUUUGUUUAACUCUUUUUUUAGUAUUAUUUUGUCAUACAUGCUGAUCAACACUUAGAUCCUUUUAUGACAGCUUUGUCAACAAUAUGGUUCUGAAUAUUUAUUGAAUACAUAUCUAUCUAGUAAAAAAAUCACGUUUUAAUUAUCUUUCAUUCAAAGACAAUAGAAACUGGUAUUUUUUCAAGUAUGACACAAAAUGAACAAUCAAUGGUGAAAAGAAGAUGAAAAUGUAUGACAGUUCAAUGUUCGUUCCUCUGUUAUUCGUUUGUCGAUGAAUUCUCUUGAACAUCAGUAUCAAGCUCGCGUAUGUAACCCGUUGGAGCGUAACCAACAUCUAAUACAGUGAAAUGCUGCAAGUUGCUGUUACUCUUCCAAGUAUGUGGGAUUUCUGAUAUAUUGUCUUUGUUAAAGACUAAUAUAUCUCCUUGAUUUAAAUUGUAAUCCU